CAUCCUGCCACCAUGCCGCGACCACCGGCGCCGCUCGACGAUCACAAAGACUUCAUCAUCGACAGCAUCGACGUCCUCGGCCUCACCCAAGCCGAAGUCUGCGCCGAACUACGCGACAGCCAUGACCUGAACAUCGGCCGCAGCACGCUCGUGAAGGCGCUGGCCCGAUGGGGCUUCCGCACGCGACGCGUCAACUUCGAGGAUACGCCCGCCCUUCGUAUGCGCCUUCAGAACUACUUCCACCAGACCACCAAGACGGAUGCUGAGAUCGCCGCCCUGCUCACUGCCGAUGGCAUGGACGUCACCUGCGUGCGUGUCCGGAAGCUGCGCAAGGACAUGGGCCUUUACAAGCGGGUCGAUGCUGACCGCAGGGACGUGGCCGAGAACACAGUGGAGGAGCUGCUGAAGCUCGAGUUCCAGAACGAGGAGAUUCGCAACAUGGGCCACAAGCAGCUGUAUCGCUACAUGCGCAAGAAGUACAAUGUCGCUGGCAGAGACCGCAUGUUUGUCAUUGCCAAAAAGCUGGAUCCCGAAGGUCCGGACCGGCGUCUGAGAGCGCAGAGGAGGGCCGCGAGGAGGUCAGGCUUGGAGAAAGAGCGAGCCGCCAAGGAGAACCAGACGCAGCAGUCGCCAGAAACUGCAAAUGCCGUGUCUGUCGAGCAGCAGCCGCUGCCAGGAUACGUGCCUCUCGAUCCCGCCAUGUACCAGAGCGAAUAUGCCUCCCAGCGUGGACAGCAUGGCAGUGAUGCGCCGGCACACUAUCCCUCACACGGUGGGUUUUCGCAAAACGGCAGGCUGACUGUGCCCGUAACCGAGGCCAAUGCUCCAACGCAGAGCUCCUAUGCUCCAAUGCAUAACUCAACAGGUCUGGCAUUCGACUCAAGCCGCGUGCCACCAUUCUGAGACAAACACGUGGAAUUCCGGCGGCUGUUUCCCUACGAUCAGGCAGCAUCGUGCCCGGCGUUGUUGCUGUUCGAGCUAUUUGCUAGCCUUCAACGACCCUCCGAGUCCCGCGCAUCAUUCGCUGCAUGUGUUGCAUCGAAUCACACUGCUAAGCGGUAUUGUGGGCAGUGUCGCCGGAAACUUUCGGGACUAGAAAGCAGCCUACGCAAGUGGAAUUCUGGUGGGAGCGACGAUCCGAAGAUGGAGGAACGUGCCAACACAGUGGACGAGAGUUUCAAAAUCAGCAGGACGACUCAGCAAAGGGAGCGUCCCGUCCGUCUGAUGGUGCUGACCGAAGGCUUAACCCUCAAGCUUUCCAAGUCUUACUGCGAAACUGUCUGCGACUUCUUUGACCUUCUCAAAGGCAGAUGGAACAUUCUCCACGUCGCUAGAGCGGCUUGAGUGGCAUUUGGCCGUGGGAACGGGCAACGCCUUUUCAGAGCCUGGGUCUUCUCGAUCCUCUGGGAGGCGCAAUAUGCAAUUGCACUACGGCUGUUACCAAGUUUUAGAAUAUCU